UCUUUUAUUUUGCUUUCGAGAGAGCAAUAGAGAUUAGAUUUGGUUGUGUGUUUUUGACGAAGAAGCUUCUCUCCUCUCCUCCUUUUGAACUUUUCUCUCGUCUUCGUUCGAUUGUCAACACGUUUCGAUUCCUCGGAGCUUCAGAUCAACGAUCAUGGCCACCGCUGGAAACAAGAACAUCAACGCCAAACUGGUAUUACUUGGAGAUGUUGGAGCUGGAAAAUCGAGUCUUGUGCUUCGGUUUGUUAAAGAUCAGUUUGUUGAGUUCCAGGAAUCAACCAUAGGUGCAGCUUUUUUCUCACAAACAUUGGCUGUGAAUGAGGCAACUGUGAAGCUUGAGAUAUGGGAUACAGCUGGUCAGGAACGUUACCAUAGCUUGGCUCCUAUGUACUACAGGGGUGCUGCUGCUGCCAUUAUUGUCUUUGACAUUACUAAUCAAGCUUCUUUUGAGAGGGCAAAGAAAUGGGUUCAGGAAUUGCAGGCACAAGGUAACCCUAAUAUGGUGAUGGCUCUUGCUGGAAACAAAGCUGAUUUAUUAGAUGCAAGGAAAGUGUCUGCAGAGGAGGCAGAGACAUAUGCUCAAGAGAACAGUCUUUUCUUCAUGGAAACUUCAGCGAAGACUGCAACAAAUGUCAAAGACAUAUUUUACGAAAUUGCAAAAAGGCUACCACGUGUGCAGCCAGCAGAAAACCCAACAGGGAUGGUUCUUCCAAACGGGCCAGGUGCUACAGCAGCGAGCGCAUCAUGUUGUGCUUAAGAGAGAGAGAGAGACAUCUUGAUUAGUCACAGUAGAUCUCUCUUCUUCUUAUCUUGACAUUAUCGCUUUGUUUUGCUUGCAUUGACACCAAAAGUGUAUAUCCAAUGAUAUUUCAAACCUUGUGGAAUUUGGAUCUCAUUUGUAAUUAAAUAUCAUAACUUACUUGCGUGUGUGUUUACAUCUAUGUAUUUGUGCACCAGUUUCCAUUUUACUUGUCUGAAAUUCUCUACGUUUGUUUUGUCUCGAUGAAUCGAAUUAACAUGAG